GCAGUAGUUAUCAAUCAGAAACUACGAAAAUACAAUGCGCUGAGUACGACAAUCUGGUAAUGCUGCUGGCGAUGUAAACAAACACACCGCCUGUCAGGCUGCGCUGCCCUCACCGGGGGUUGUUUCCGGGGCUCCUGUAACCCCUGAUAGUCCAAGAAAUGAGCACCUCUCUUUAGCUUCUGAGAUGAGUGACUUCCCAAUGGCUGUUGUGCAAGAGGAAUGUUUCCAAGGUUUCUCACCAGCAUUGUAUCAUGCCGCUCAGUGGCAGUCCUUGCAGUGAUCGCUAGUUUGUUACAGGUAACCAAUAUCGUGUUGUCAUGGCGCUUGAAGCAGAGACAGUUAUUGGUAGCCUCCGAGGCGGUCACGAUGGAGGAACCCAGCAGCUGGCCAGGGUCUCGGGGACACCACAUAUCAGCCAGCAGGCACAGAGAUUUUCACCUCGGCCCAAAGGUUUCAGAUGACCACCAAGCGAUCCUUUCCCGCAUUGCUCAUUGGAGUGUCCUAGACAGUUCUGGGGAGUUCCGUGUGUCUGUGGGGGUACUGCAGGGCUCAGAUGCAUCACCAGAUGGCAUAGAACAAGGGGAGGCUGCAGGGCGGUAUGGCAUCACCCUCGUCACCCAAUGUUCCUUGGCCAGACUCCACAGGCUGCCCUCACUCACUGUACACUGGCAGGGACCAUUGUCCAUUGCCGUGUUUGUGCUGAGUGGAGAGGUACAGGCAGCAGUUCAGACAUUCCACUUGCUGAGGAAAUGUUACCCUGAUGUGAAGGAAAAUGUCACCUUCAGCUUGGUGUUUCCUCUCAACUCGCCCACCUCCCCACACAUCAACCCCACUGCAGACACCACCCCAUGCCACAAGAUCUUCUCCACCAUACACCAAGACAACUACAGCUUCAAUGGCGUGCAGUACCCAAAUAAUCUGCUAAGGAAUAUCGCCCAUAAAGCAGCCACUACUAGUCACAUGAUAGUCAUAGACAUUGACAUGACCCCAAGUUCAAACUUGCACCAGUCUUUCAUGUCAUUUGCCAAGAAAAAAGGUUUAUUCGAGGUAAACUCAAGCGAGAAAAAGACAGUAUGGGUGUUGCCAGCUUACGAGGUGAAGGAGGGGGCUGGCAUCCCUGAAAAUAAACAGCAACUCUUGGACAUGAAGAAGAGUGGCAUGGCCAGACCAUUUUAUCAAGAGUUGUGUUUAAAAUGCCAGAGAUUUACGGACUACCCAGAGUGGGAGAAGACUCAGGCUGCUGUUGGGAUAGAAGUGACACCAGUAUAUGAAGUGCUGUGGCAGGAUCCCUGGGAACCAUUCUACAUUGCCAGCACUAAGAUCCCACUGUAUGAUGAGAGGUUCAGACAGUAUGGCUUCAACAGAAUCAGUCAGGUAUGUGAGCUGCAUGUAGCUGGCUACAGGUUUAUGGUGCUGGACUCUGCCUUUGUGGUCCAUGAAGGGUUCAAAACAGCAAGCAGCUUUCACAGCACAAAGGACAUGGAGCAAGAAAAGAAUCGCAUCCUCUUUCGCCAGUUUAAGGCAGAACUGAAAGUAAAAUAUCCAGAGUCCUCUCGGAGAUGUUACUAAGGUCCAAGUCUUUGCUCACAUCCUCUUAUCCUCAACACCCCAUGAUAGGCAGCGUGGUCCAUGGGGUUUCAGUGUUUCUAUUUGUAAAGACAUCGGAUUCUUUUGUAUUUCACUGAGUAAUGUGAAAUUUAUUGAAGUUACAUGUCAACUUUAAGAAACUUAUUGUGAAAUGAAGAAUAUAUAAGUGUUCAUAUUACCAAACCCUAGCCAUUAAAGCUGAAAUGGAGUGUUAAAGUACUAUACCAAUAAAAAGCAGGAAUAAUUAUAUUAUUGAAGAUUUAGGUGGCAUUUGAAUGAUAUCUGGCCCAACCAGUAAUCAAGGCUACAUUGCAUUGCUAUUUUAGUACUGACAAUUGCCAACAAUUGAUGUAAUAUGCUGCUUCAGUUUGAGUACCACACUCCCUGAAGUUAAGCUUUAAUUCUGAUAAAAGAUAUUUUGACACAAGCUUUAAUUUGAUUUAUGCAAUGUAAAUAUUUUUUUUCUUCUAAUUCAAGUAUGUAACAAGACAUGCCCAUAUGUAUUUUGUUUUUUCCCAAGGCAGUGUUUAUAGUGACUAGUAUCAUCUCAAUUUUUUUUUCUAUAUUUAUACAAGCUAUUCAUUAGAAGUGAAUUAAUGUCAUGACAAUAAUAAAUUAUAUCAAUGCA